AUGGCUAAGGCUUUCGUCCUGGCCAUUAAGGGAAUCGCACUCAUGUGGUACACCUCUGUCCCAAAGAGGACGAUAUUCUCAUUGGAGCAGCUUCGGGAGGUACUUUUCUCACACUUCCAGGGCAACUACACAUCCCUGGUCACCAUCAGAGAUCUGUUCACAGUAAAACAAAAGGAGGGCGAGAGCUUGAAGGAGUUCACCCAGCGUUUCGUGUGGGUGAAGUGCCAGGUGAAGGGCCUCAGCGAUGACACAGUGAUAGACUCUACACGACAAGGUCUCCGGUCAGGGGCCUUGGCAUCACGCCUGGUGCGGAAGCCGGCCAAGGACGUGGACGAGUUGUUCACCAAGAUGGAGGAAUAUUCAAGGGCUGAAGAGGAUGAGCUUCUCAGGCACGCUGAUAGGUCGGCCUCCGAGACCCAAAGCUACAGGAGAGGUGAGGAGAAAGCAUCCCACGGGAAGGAGAAGGAAGAAUGUCCAAGGGAAACCUACCAAUCCAUUUCACCCGGAGUGGUUUUUCUCAAUGGUUUUGAUGAUGUGAUGACGGUUUCGCCACGUGGCAGUCCUAGUCAGCGUGCUGACAUCAGCGUUACGCAGUAA